AUGAUCCUCCUCGAUUACCACAACAUCCUCCUCUCCGCCCUCCUAACCGACCGCCUCCUCCCUCCCUCCACCUCCAACCCCAACAACUCCACCCCCCGUACGGCCUCCCUCGACCAAAUCAUCACCGACUUCGACGGCGUCCUCUUCCACCUCUCCACCCCCGAAUCCAAAUCAAAGAUCAUCGUCUCGAUCCGGAUCAAGUGUUGGGAGGAAUUGGUGGGGUAUGGUGUUGAUAAGGUGCUGGAGGAAGUUUAUGGACGAUGGGGGGUUGUUAAGGGACAAGUCGAGGAAGGAUGGGAUUGGAGUUUGGAGGUUGAUGUUGAGAAGGAGUAUGAAAACACCCCCCUCCUCAUCCACGAAAUCUCCCUCCUAAAACGCCAUGCCCUCUCCGCCCCUUUCGUCCACGCCUUCUCCAUCUCAUCCUCCCUCCCAAACCCCGCCGACUCCCCCGAUACCCCCGCCCCCAAACCCCAAGUCCUCCCCCUCCACUACCGCGACACCGAAGCAAUCUACCUCCUCCCCUCCCACGACCGCACAACAAUCAUCUUCUCUACCCACUUCCGCGAAGAAACCGACCGCGUCUUCGGGAAGGUUUUCUUACAGGAAUUCGUGGAUGCGAGGAGGCGGCCAGCAUUGCAGACGAGUCCGCAGGUGUUGUACACGACCGGUAAACCGCCGAGGGAUUUAGAGAGUAUUGGGUUGGGGGAGGAUGAGGGGAUGGGGUAUGUCACGUUUAUCCUCUUCCCACGACACACCUCCGCCAACCCCUCGACCAACCCUUCUCCCUCUCCCAUCGCCGACCUAACGCGCUCAGCACAGUGGGAAACGAUCUCCCAGAUCCAGUUGUUUAGGGAUUAUUUGCACUACCACAUCAAGUGCUCGAAGGCGUUUAUGCAUAGUCGGAUGCGUGCGAGGACUGGAGAGUGGUUGAAGGUUCUUAGGAGGGCGGCGGUUGAGAGAGAGGAUGUUGGGAGUCUUGGGGGGAGAGGGGAGGAGAGGAGAGGAAUGAGUGGGAGGUGGGUUGGGGGGCAGGUUCCUGUUACGGCGAGGGGGAAGUAG